UCUUACGGAUAGUAUAAUGGUUGGUUAUACGCGUGUGUGUAUGUGUGUUUGGAUGUGUGUCCCCCCUUACAAAUCGUCCGCCAGAGCAGGAAGAGGCAGCAGCUGUUAGUGAUCGGCCUCUUCUUAAAGAAGGUCAAGAAACAAGACCCAGGCUUCAGCACGUGAAGGUAAAUUAUCUUCUGUAGAGCUUUUGGUGCCAGCCAGGAUGAUUCUGGCAACAUUAAAAGGCAUUGGGAAGCAGCUUCUGCGGGUGAAGGUUGUGGACUGUAGCACAGAGGACUCCCGCUUGUCCCGAUGCCUCAACACGUUUGACCUGGUGGCCCUGGGCGUCGGCAGUACGCUGGGUGCUGGAGUGUAUGUGCUUGCUGGUGCUGUAGCCAGAGACAGCGCUGGACCUGCCAUCGUCCUCUCUUUCCUCAUUGCUGCUCUUGCAUCAGUCCUGGCUGGUUUGUGCUACGCUGAGUUUGGAGCCCGCGUCCCCAAAACUGGCUCGGCUUACCUCUAUAGCUACGUGACAGUUGGAGAACUGUGGGCCUUUAUCACAGGCUGGAACCUCAUCCUCUCUUAUGUCAUUGGAACUUCAAGUGUGGCCAGAGCAUGGAGCGCAACCUUUGAUGAGCUGAUUGGAAAGCACAUUGAGAUAUUCUGCAGACAGUACAUGACCAUGAAUGCCCCGGGCAUCCUGGCAGAGUAUCCAGACAUAUUUGCUGUCUUCAUCAUACUCACCCUGACAGGGCUGCUUGCAUUUGGAGUGAAGGAGUCAGCCUUGGUAAAUAAAGUGUUCACCUGUAUCAAUGUACUGGUGCUGCUGUUUAUGAUCAUCUCCGGCUUGGUCAAAGGAAGCCUAAAAAACUGGAACUUGAACCCUGAAGAAAUCCUCAAUGGCACCAACAACUCCAGCCUCAAUAUGUCUGAGUCCUUACCAUCAAAAGAAAGUCUCGGUGAAGGCGGCUUCAUGCCUUUUGGCAUAACUGGAGUCCUCUCUGGUGCCGCCACCUGUUUUUAUGCCUUUGUAGGGUUUGACUGUAUUGCCACAACAGGAGAAGAAGUUAAGAAUCCUCAGAGGGCCAUUCCCAUCGGGAUCGUGGCCUCACUCCUCAUUUGUUUUGUGGCAUACUUCGGUGUGUCUGCAGCUCUCACUAUGAUGAUGCCUUACUACAUGUUGGACAAGAACAGCCCUCUACCAGUGGCCUUUAAGUAUGUGGGCUGGGAGGGAGCCACUUAUGCAGUGGCCAUUGGCUCUUUAUGUGCCCUGUCGACCAGCUUACUAGGCUCCAUGUUCCCAAUGCCCAGAGUGAUCUGGGCCAUGGCAGAAGACGGCCUGCUCUUCAAAAGUUUGGCCAAAAUCAACCCACGAACAAAAACCCCUCUAAUAGCUACAGUAACAUCAGGUGUUGUGGCAGCAGUGAUGGCUUUCCUGUUUGACUUGAAAGACCUGGUUGACCUCAUGUCCAUUGGCACUUUGCUGGCCUACACGCUGGUGGCUGCCUGUGUGCUGGUCCUCAGGUACCAGCCUGAACAGCCCAGUUUGGCCUACGAGAUGGCCAACACUCAGGAUGAACCUGAACUGGCUGAGACUGAUAACGAGGGGAACAUUGACAUACUACCACAACCAGAGGAUCGCUGCACCAUCAAGAAUCUACUGUUCCCUGCAAAUACAGUACCGUCCCCUCUGUCCGGGUUUGCCGUCAACAUUUGCACCAGUGUAAUUGGUGUUUUGGUGUGUGUCUUCAGUGUUGUGGCUGUUCAAGGAGGGCUGUCAGCAUGGUCAGUGCCUGUCCUCUGUGUUAUCAUGGUGGUCUGUCUGAUUAUCACCUUCAUUGUGGGGAGACAGACACAAAGCAAGGCCAAGCUUGCCUUCAAGGUUCCCCUGCUGCCCGUAGUCCCAGUCAUUAGUAUGUUCAUCAAUGUCUAUCUGAUGAUGCAGCUCGACAGAGGAACCUGGAUGCGCUUUGCCAUUUGGAUGGUUAUAGGUUUCUUUAUCUACUUUGGUUAUGGAAUUCGCAACAGUUCAGAGGCAGAGUUGAGCAGGUCCGACACCUACACACCAGCCUGCACAAUAAACGGAGAGCCCAUGGUCCCAGAGAAGGAAGCCUUCCUACACAACACACAAAAUGCCAAUGGAGACGACGACGAAGAUUCGUGAGGAAGCAGGAGGUUCAGUAGUACACUCUAGCUCUGUUCCAUUAAACUCUCUGAAAUAGUUGCAGCUAUCUAGGAGAUUUAUUUAUGCACCCUACCAACGAGCGUUGAGUUGUUUUCUUAUUCCGCCCAGAAUUUUUGAUGAAAGUAAAAAGGUAAAUUAGAUGUAAGGCCACGUAAUAACAUUUAAAAAAGUUGAGUCUCCAUACAUUUUAAAAAAAUGUUAUUUUUUGUAUGUUUUGCACUCUGAUAUGACACAUUUCCCUAAACACGACUAAUUCUGUGGAACUAAAGGCAAAGCACAAAGUAGUUUUAACAAAAGGCAUCUGUUGUACAUAUAUUAACUGUUAAACUGUAUUUUGGUUCGUUAGUCCACAGAAUGAUCAGGAUUAUAAGCCCCUUUUUUUUUUUCCUGUAAUUACUUAUUUGAAGUUAUUUUUUAGGAGUUGAGCAUUUAUUACUGCUCUUCUAGAUUGAAAUUGUUCAUGAUUGCAGGAAAGACAUUAAGAAUUACAAAAGCGUUUUGGUAAAAAUGAAUAAGGAUCAUCUCUUAUUCUUUUUUUAAGGUAAAUUUGCAUGCUUUUAGCAGAUUUCCUGAGAAAUUUUUUUUUUUUUUUUUUUAGAUAUUUUUUGGGGCUUUUUAGCCUUUGAUAUAGGACAGACAAGCGUGAAGGGGGAAGAGAGAGAGGGAGUGACAUGCAGCAAAGGGCCACAGGCUGGAGUCGAACCCAGGCUGCUGUGGCAGCAGCCUUGUACAUGGGGCGCCUGCUCUGCCACUAAGCCACCAGCGCCCCAGUUUCCUGAGAAAUGUCUGUCAUUCGUCUUGCUGCGUUAGGAGGCACAGUGCUGGCUACUGUGUCCAAGUCCCAUGGGAGCUUAUUUUAAAAAUCCACAUCCCUUUAUUUUACACCUAAAUUAACUGCAUUAAUUAAGAAUCAGCAAAUAUUUCUUCUCAAACUCAGCUGAGAAUUCCACUGUAUCUUCAGUGCCUUUUUGUUGUGUUUGUAUGUUUACCUUAAAGGUACAACUUUGUAUGUUUCACUCCUGAGAAAAUGUGCUGUGUAGAAAGCACAACUCUGUACCUGUGCUUUACAUUAACAGUAUAAUUCAGAAUAAUAUGGUACAGUACGUUGUCAUCAGUAUAUAUCAUUGUGAAAGUGUUUGUCACCCAGCUGAUAGAUGGUUUCCUCAUGGCAAACAGAGAUCAAAUACACAGGUGUUGUCUCCAUCAGGGAACUUUGUGUUUUUAACUAGCCAAAGGAGAAAAGCUGCUAAUGUGAAGUGAAUUAUCAAAUACUUCAGAAAUAUUUUAAGUGCCUACUUCCCAAAUGAAUGUUUCACCUUUGGAGGCAUGAUAUUGCUUCAUCACCAGCUAGAAUUGUGAAAUAUAUAUGUUGUCUGUAUAUAAUGUACACUUUGGAUUUUGAAAAGCGCACAUUUAUAAUAUAUAAGAGAAAUUUCACCUUUAGUGGACCAUUUUCACUUGUUAGAUAACAUACAUCUGAACGGGAUGAUGUACAAUCAGUUGGUGAUAUUAAGCCAAAUAUCAUACUGUAUAUUUAGAAACUUACUGCACUGACAGUAACAAUGUACCUCAAGCAGUAAUGUAUCUAAAAGUGCCUCUGCCCGUCAGACAGUAUUUAACAAUUAUGGAAAGCUGAUUGUGAUUCCCCAGACAGCUAAAGUCUGAACGCAACGUGUGUUAACUAAAGACUGAAAAUGCAACAAGGUGAACAAUAUUUUUACAAAGUCCCUUUUUUAAUUGAACACUAAGAUGAAAUGUUAUGCUCUUUUUACUAUUUAAGUUCCAUUAAGAGGAGGAGGAGUGUAACGUGAAGCCAAAUUCCGUUUAAUUCAGUUGGACAAAACAAUGUUGCAAUUUAUUGACAGAGUUGCUGUAGCUUUGUAAAUAGACACAGUGUAUGCAACUUUGUUGCAUUUUUAAGAUAUCAAAGCAGCAUUGUCAAUGAGGUUGUGCUGCAGAAAGUUACUGUUUCCCAUCCAUAACUAGCCUUUAUUUAAACUGGUAGAAGUUUGAAUCAGAGGGCCAUUAUCACAUAUGCAUUUUGAUUACAUUACCUGCAUCAUUACCUGUUUUUCCAACAUUUAUUGUCUGUUUUUGGUUAAGUGGUUUUGUAAAUACAGUUUUGAUUGUGCCUGAAGUUACUGCCCAUAUUACAACUUUCACUUGUUUGUCAUAUGACCACACUGCUUUAAUCUAUCCAAUCUUUUGUUGCAAACGUUGUGUAAAGUAAAUGACUGAUACAAACUGUGCAGUAAAUAACUAUAGUCAGGAUUCAUCCAUGAGGCAAAUUUCAUCUCCCUUGUGGGUUGAAUGUAACACAUUAAGCCCUAGUUUCACUGACACAUUUCUUUUGUUAUGGAUGUUGUAGUUACAUUAAAUCUUAUACGAGGCUUCAUCUAGAGUUACAUUUUUGUUAGUGACACAUCUGUUUUAUGUAAACAUUUGCAUGCUGCACUAUUUCAAAACCUAAUGAAGCUUGAAAAAAGAUCUAGAUUUUAUUGUAGUAAUGCUAAGUUAUAAAUGUGUUUACAGUGUAUCAGAGUGGUGAAGGUCAGCUACUCAGCAUGUGAUGUCUUGAUAUCGGUUGUGGUUUGUGUAGUUACUGCUGUAAAUAAAUGAUGCCAAAAGUUAA